AUGGCAAGCAAAUCUGCGACUUGGCAAUUCCAGUUCCAGGCUGUGUCCGGUUUCUUCAUCGACUUCGUCGAAGAGGCCAGACGUGACACUUCCUUCCGUGCCACAACUUUGCCUGGACUUGGUCUAAUUGACAGAACUUACGAGACGGAUGUCGACAAGAAUUUGAAGGAUGACCAAAAGCUCUGGAAACGUUUUCGGGAUUAUGUCAACUACCUCAACGACCAGAGCGCGGCCUCCACCAAAUACAAAGUCUUGUACCUUACAAGACACGGGCUAGGGUUUCAUAACUCCUUCGAAUCGGAGGUGGGACGAGAUGCUUGGAACAGCCAUUGGUCGCAUCUUGAUGGAGAUGGAAAGGUCAUUUGGGCCGACUCUCAAUUGAAUGCAGAUGGCAUCAAGCAAGCGGAGGCACUAGGCCAGUUCUGGUCAGACGCUGUCUCCAACGAGGGUAUUCCUUUACCUGGCACGUUGUACACCAGCCCUCUCGCUCGCUGUCUGAACACCACGCGUCUCGCGUUCGCGCGGACGUUCGAAGAACAGGGAGUGCAGUUUCGGCCGAUCGUCAAAGAGUCACUACGCGAACUCAUUACCGAUCAUACCUGCGAUCGAAGAAGUACACGAAGUUGGAUCGAAGAAAACUAUCCCGACUACAUUAUCGAGCCAAAUUUCGUUGAAAAGGAUAGCCUUUGGACAGGUGGACACUGGGAAACUAGGGAUGAACAUACAGCGAGGAAGCAAGCAGUGCUGGAGGACAUCUUCUCAACAGAUGAAAAUGCUUUCAUAGGACUUACGGUGCAUUCUUACGCCAUCUCUGCUAUUUUGCGAGCAGUAGGAUUGCCCGAGUUUCGAGUGCGAGAGGGUAGCAGUAUCGCGCUACUUGUCAAAGGAGAGAAGAUAGACCGUAACAACUAG